CUGGAGGUUGAAUUAUAUAGAUCGUCCUCCUUUGAACUUGGACCAACUAACCAAUCAUCAGCUUGAAUCCCGUCCGGUGCCUCCGUCACCUGCCUUAUGAAUUGAAUGGUGCACCGGCUCGGAAGUGAGACACGCAGACUUCGAGUAACGGCAGCAUUCAGGUCACGAUGCCCUCGUCAUACCCAAUACGCAUUUCGACCGACUCGCUGCGUAGCAGCGCCGACGAAGCCAAUGCAGCUGACCUGCCAGGCACUUUCGUUAGCCUUGAGACACACAUCGAUGAUAGGGCCGAAAUGUCUGUAUCCGGAGGCGCUGGCCUACGGCAUCGCGACUCUCGCAACAACCUCGCAACCCCACAGGCGGGCCGUCACAGCUCCUCAAGCAAACCAGGCUGGACUGGGCCUGAAGCACUUUCAAAGCGCCUCCCAGAUCAGCAACUCCCUGAAGACCCUUUUCUAGAGCUACCUAACGCUGCUUCCCUGGCCUACGGCUGGCACACCGUCGCAGAUGGAGAGACCGACACCGGUGGCGAGCACACCGUGGAGCACCAGAAUCCGCAAAGAGCGCAAGACGGGUCCAUUCACCCGACGGCCCCGACCGAAACUGGUGAAAAAGGCUUUUACGAGCAAAUCGAGAGUCAUCGCCAUCGAUGGCGACUCGACUGGCUUCGAGAGCGUGGUCAAGGAACCCCAGGGAAGAGUCCUACUCCAGCUCAAAAGGACGCACCCUUCUUGUGUGUCCUUACAGGCGCAGAGGUACCAAAUGAAUCCCGCUACAGUAGGACUCGAACGCUUUUCCCUCCAGGUUUCGGCACGACACUGUUCACUGCGAAAGACAGUGCGGAAGAGCCUGAGUCGGAUGCGGAUGCCAAAAGAGCAACUGGCGAGGCGCCGCAGCUGCCGCUGCCACCUCCGGAACUGAGUUUUCCACGCGCUGAAUCCAGCAGCCUCUCGGGUACAUCCUGGAAUCGGCAUCCAGUGCUCGGCUAUGUUCCGGCCAAUUGGUCUGUCGAUGACGUGGGUAGGCUCAAACGGCUUUUGAUCGAUCAUUCUGCCUACGAGUGGAGGAUCGAGCACAGCGGAGAAGUUGUCGGGCGCCUCACGAGAAAAAGGGCGCCAGUGGGGCCCUCUGCGUGGCCGCUGGCAGUUAGCGAGAGUAAACAUGGGGACCAAAAGCAGGCGCCUGAAAAUAAAUAUGAUGCAGCAUCCGAGAAGCAUCUGCAAAGGCGCACUCGAGAAGCCAGAGCCAACAACGUGGAGGAUGAAGACACCAGUCGCACAGAGGAGGAACGCCGAAGAGCGCAGGAAGAAGCUGAUUUCCUUCGCGAACAACAAGAGCAAGUCAUCUGCCGAAUCUGUUUUGAAGGUGCAGGCUCCAAGAAUGAAAAAGGCAAAGACAUGGGUCGACUCAUUAGUCCUUGCAAGUGUAAAGGCACAAUGAAGUUCAUUCACUCUUCUUGCCUGGACUCUUGGCGGCGCUUCUCUUCUCGCUCAAGCUCGGCAAUCGCGUGCGACCAGUGCGGUGCACCGUACCGAUUCCGCAAAUCACGCUUUGUUGGCAUGGCCAACUCGCGCCCUCUGCUCUUCUUACUGAGCAUCAGCCUGUUCUUGAGCCUUAUCUGGAGCGUCGGUUGGGCGGCAGGAACAGCUAUCGAACGGUGGGGAGUGUUCGAUGACGACGUCCGCAACGCUGUACUUGGCGCUGGUGAAGCUACAGGCAAGAGAAAAGAGCAGACCUGGGGCGAAUGGCUGCUUGGUACUGAGGAUGAUGAUGGACACGGCUACGCUGACCAGUACAAUCCGCACUACUCUUGGUCAGGUGGAGGCUGGGUCAUCGCUGGCGCAGGGCCAUUCGGCUACGGCGGUUAUUCAGACGCUGCUGGCUGGUAUGAUCUCAUGAAGUCUGCUGUGCGGAGCGUCGUGAGCGGCGAAAGCACGCAGGCCAUCAGGCAAGUCGUCCUUGGUGGUAAAGAGCAGAGAGAGCACGCUGUUGUGGCUCAGGAUUCGGGGCAGCAACGCGGUUGGUGGAAAGCGCUCGUUCACGACUGGAAGUAUGGUCCGGACGGCUUUUGGCCCGGUCAGGCGCCUGCGGAGGACCGAGCAGCAGCGCCGGCAGCAGGGGUGAAUUCCGACCCCCAGCCAGCUUUUGAAGGCGCAAGCACAAGGGUCGAAUCAAAAGAAAAUGAACGCUACGAUGUGCGUACCGCUGCGCAAUAUGACCCUGCUGUGCGCGCGGUACGUCCAACACGAGAAGCGGAGUCAGCAAAGGAGCGCGCCGCGAGAAAACGCAAGCAACAAAAGGGUGAGGCCCUGAAAAAGAAGGCAGAGAAGCGCUCAGCAACUGGAAGGCCUGCUUGGGUCGACAAGUUAUUGUUGCGAUUCUCUCUCGGUUUCUCUCUAAUCGGUAUGGUCUCUUUCAUCAACCUGACUUUUGGCCUAUCCAUUUUUGGCCCUUUCCAUCUGAACCUCGGCAUGGGUCGCGGUCUUGCACGCAUGACGCGCUCCCCUCGGCGUAACGGCGGCGGUGGACGUGGAGAUGCAGCGGCGAUCACGUCGAUCAUCCUGUUUGCGCUUGUCGUCAUUGGCAUCGCUAGGGCAUUGCUGAUCGUUUACAAGCUGGUCAAUGCGCUCGCAAGGCGUGUGCUCGCGCGUGCGGAGGAUUACGUUGUUGACUGGGGAGGCCACGAGGAGGGAGAACAUCCGCAGCAACAGCAGGCACCGCAAGGAGGCAUCGAGGUACAUGGCUGAAGUGUUGCUGCGUUCUUUCAUGUUGAGACCCGUGUAUCAAUCACACACGUACAUGUACGAUAUCCUGUUGUAUUCACAUGCC